GCUAGCAUGAUCCUUGUGUGUUUUGAACAAGGGGGUGCAUGGGGGAAACAUGGCCGCCGUAGACCCGUCGGAGUCUCCAAAACGACAGAAAUCCGCCGCGGAGGAGGUGAACACAUCUGGGGAGAAGACCGACGCGGUGGAGUCGGGAUGCAGCUCGAAUCAGAAAGAUGAACCGACGCACAAGAAGCCCGCGGAGAGCCCCGCCGGCGAGCAGCGAGUGGGGGACGACGGCUCGUGGGCUGCAAGCCAUUCGGGGGUUACUGUCGAGACCGGUGCCGGAGCCGGAAAAAAACCGACAUGUAAUUCAACGGAGGACUUAACAUCGGCUGAAAAAAUGGCCGAGGCUCGUGGCGGCGAGCGACGGGCUUUCGACUGGUCCGAAGACGACGACCGGGAGGCGAAAACGCGCGCGCGUGGAAACGAUCAGUGCGACCCCAGGAGCGCCACGGAGAGUGCUGGAGGGAUGCAGCGGGACGCACGCGUUGAUCACGUUAAAGUUGAUGCGGAGCGGAUCGAGGAGGAGAAGAAGAAGAAGAAGGGGGAGGAGGAGGAGGAGAAGAGCGCAGAGACGGCACCGGCCGAGAAGCCGGCGGUAGAGGAAGUGGUGGAAAACGAGGCAGACCGUGAAGGGGACGCGAACUCGACAGCUAAGCCCAAAAAGUGCCGUUUGGUGUGCAAGGAGUGCGGGAAGAGGUUCACCCGCCGCGAGACGUUCAACCUCCACCGCCACUUCCACGCUCACGAGGACGAGCUCACGCCCCUCACCUGCAAAGAAUGCGGCCUUACCUUUCAGCACCGCAGCAGCCUCAUCAAGCACAGGAAUGAACAUAAAGAGAAGGAGGAAGUACUUGUUCCUCCGAAGAAGGCGACGCAAACAAAGACGGAGGGACGUUUUAAAUGUGCAGAAUGUGAGAUGAUGUUCCCGAUGGUGGACAAGCUGAGGGACCACAGCUGCUGCAACGUAGUAGAAAAACCUUACCACUGCCCCCUGUGCCGCCAAGAGUUCCAGUUCAAGGUGUCUGUCACGAAGCACAUGAUGCUCCACUCCCAGGAUAGCAUCUUCACAUGCCAAGAGUGCGGUCAGACGUUCCCAAACAGCAUGGCCCUGCGCUACCACCAGCGAUGUCACGCCGCCCUGAAACCCUACGAAUGCCCCGAGUGCGGCCUAGCUUUCAAACACUACUCCGUCAUGGAAGACCACCGUCGCAAGCACACGGACAACAUGCGCUCUUACCUGUGCAACAUCUGCGGCAAGACCUUCAAGUACAGCAGCCUCCUCCAUCAGCAUCAGUAUCUGCACACCGGCCAGAAGCCCUUCCGCUGCCCUGAAUGUGGCAAACGCUUUGCCUUUGCCCAGAACAUGAAGGCGCACUGCCGCCAGCACAGAAUGCUCAAAAACAACCCCUCCGCUGAACAGCCUUGCAAGCCAGCCCCGACGUCAGCACAAGAGGCAGUUCGAGGGCCGGGAAAAGAGAACGCGCACCAGAGCGAUGACCCUAAACAACCUUUCAACUGCCCCCUUUGUCCCCAGACCUACUUAGCGCCGGCUAACCUGAGAGUCCACAUGCUUGUUCACGAGGCGGAGCAUGAGACGCUGGAGAGGACCCCCAAACCUCCAAAGGAAAAUAAGCACUGGGAAAAAGGACAAACCUGUCCCCAAUGCCCGUCAGUCUAUCAUGACGAAUCUAGUUUAAAUAUGCAUAUGUUAAGUGUCCACAAGUCUGUAGCACAACCCUUAGAAACGGCGGCAACACCGCCUAAAAAUCAAUUAACUCCGUUAAGCAGCGAUAAUGUUCAGGGGAAAUGGAGAAGCGAUGGCAUAAGUAUUAAGUUGUACAAGUGCUCCGAGUGUGGAAAGACCUUCCGCCACCGUUCAGUGUUAGAGCUGCAUAUGCGCAUACAUUCCAAGGACAAGCCUUACCAGUGCAAAGUGUGUGGCAAGGGCUUUAGAUUCGGCAGCUACUUGCAGCAACAUCUCAUCAUCCACACGGGCCAGAAGCCAUACAAAUGUCCAGACUGUGGGAAGGACUUUGCCUUCCUGCAGAACAUGAAAACGCAUCAAAAGCUGCAUCAGGAAAAACCGUUCCGCUGCACGAGCUGCCGCAAAGGCUACAGCGACGAGACCCAACUCCAGCACCACAUGUUGUCACACAAUGGUGACAAACCGCAUAAGUGUGACCUGUGUAACAAGAGCUUCGGCUUAGCCUAUUUGCUCCGGGAUCACAUGAACACACACACGGGAGACAGACCUCAUCGGUGCGACGAGUGUCACAAAAGUUUCUCUUGGUUUAGCAGCCUGCUCGUGCACCAGAAGAUCCACACUCGCAAGCGCCAGGGUUUCGGACAGUAUAAUUCUCUCCCGCUGGGCGCUAGGAUGAGAGGUAGAGGCAGCCGGGGGAGGAGAGGAGGGAGGCUCAUGUGGGGCUGGUCCAGAGCAUUAGGAAGCUCCGGAAUGAUCAGCUCUCAGCAGUCUCCAUAUCCAGUUUCUGCAUUGAGAGAUGCUGAGUUGCACAGAAGGCCGGGCCAGCCACAGCUUCCCGUGCUCGCACCUCGCAUGGAAAUACAAGGCAGGCAGCAGAAGGAGGCGUGGCUGUCAGAGCUACACCCUCAACCGGUGCAGUGGAAAGUGGAUGGUGGGGAGGUAAUGCUCGUCCCAUCGUCGCAGCAGCACCAUCAGAGGGGUCCGGGCUGGGCAGAUAGCCCUUUAAUAACUCAGUCGGGCCCCACAUCUGCUCAGAGUUCAGAGUCAUCGCACAUGAAAGAGACUGCAGCUGCUGUUGUCGGCUCCCUCGUGACAGCUGUGCCAAACAAAUCCAGCACGUCAACAGUGAGUGAGAUGGGGCAGCUCAAGCCUGUUGCUUGGGGUAACACAAACACAUCCACAGUGCUCGCUUCCACAAGCUCUGUGCAACAUGAUUUUUCUAUUCCUUUGUCCUACAUAGACGGGGCAGCUCUGUGGAGUAUAAGACCACCUCUGCUAGCAAAUUCACAGGGCUCUCCAAAUAAGGUUGGUCAAGAGCUUCAGCUGCCGAGAUGGACAGGUGCCCCAGUGGCGAUACAAAAGGAGCCAUCCACGCCUCCUACAAAAGUGGACACUGGAGGUUGGGACGUUAGUAAUCCUCAAGUAAUGCCGUCGACUGUUAGCCAGCCAGAGAAGCUAUGCAAGCUGCAGAAGCAGUUGAUUUCAGGCACAGCAGAUGUGUCCACUGCAGCUCAAAUAGACCAAAGCAGUGCUAUGCCAAUUUCAACUCCUGUUUCCCACGGGGUAGGUAGCGCCUUGUGGGACAUACCAACGCCGCCAGGAAAUCCAAAGACUAUAAACCCUGAGAAAUUAGUAAAAGCUCAAGAUUUUCAGCUGCAGCCAAAGCAGGUGUCAUCGACCUGGGCCAGUGUACAGAGUCACACAACGACACAGAAGGUUCCCAUCUCCAUUCAGUACGAGCCUCGUCAUUUUGGCCAUGGGUUGGGAACGCCAGUAUGGGGCUUCCAAAGCAAUCAAACGCUGCUCACUGGGCAACUCAAACCAGGGAAUGGACUGGCGCUGCAGCAACAGCCAAUGGUAACGGGCACGCAAAUCAUCAUAAAUCAGCCUCCUUUUUUCACACCUCCACUUGCUCCACUCCCCCCUCUGGCUGUGCCCGGCCCACAUCCUCUUCACUCUGUCACACUUUCAAGACCCCCACCCACGAAUAUAUUUUUCACACCACAGGCAGCAAUGAGCGAAAGGCCACACAUAAAACAGUCCUUGCCCCUACCUCAGCUUGCCCCCCGGACAGAACCUCACAAAGUCGGACCCCGUUUGCCUUUGGGCCCAGAACGGCUUCUCCAGUGCAUGAUAUGUGGGUGUUCUCUUCCCCGGGAGCUCGAUCUACAAAUGCAUUAUUUGCAACAUGCACAAGGAGAGAUUUGACAUUUCCACCCUAGCACCAAGACUUUGUGUGUUUUAUUUUUUACACGUUUAUUUGCCCCUCAAUAGUGCAGUUUGACCAGUUGAGUGGAUGGGUAUUAGAAUAACAAAAUGUAAGUAAAAUUGAUCUGCACACUUUAAUCACAUUUAAGCUUCAGCGCCAAAUUCGACUGCACAGGGAGUUUGUAAUAAAGGGUGUGUACACAUUAUAUUGUGGCAUUAAAUUAGGUUAUCAUUUUUAAAUGCAUAUAAGUUAACCAAAUAACUGGUUUAAGCUACUUCUGAGCGGUGCAGAUUUAUGGGGUUCUGCGGUCUGUUUCAUUUAUUGCCAAUGGUAUUUAGAUUGGCAUAAUAUUAGUACUUUUAUAGUUCUGUUCAUAUGUCCUAAACCAUUUUAACUGUUUCUUCCUGUACAGUAUACGGUGUGCCUUUUAUGAGUACAGUCUGCAUGUCUGCUGUCUUCGUAUUCUAGUCCUAGUUUGUGCUUAAAGUCGACUCAACAAUGUGACCUCACUCCCAAAACCCAGAGCAACUCUUUCUAAGAUACCUUAAAGAAAUGCAUGUUUUUGCUUUUGAGGAGGAGAGGAUGGGGUGGUUGUGUUCAUCCUGACUACAUCACGGCCCUGUUGGGACGCACUUGGAGUUGCAAUGCUUUUGGCUGGGUCCAAAUAUUUCACAAGUAGAGUUCUCAACAUGGUAAUUUGGUCAAAGUGAAAAUAAGUGUAAACAAAGUGUGACAGUUACAUGUAAAGAUCAUUUCACAGUAAGAGUUCUCUGUAAAUUGAACAGUGAUUAUUGUUAACGGAGAAAGUGUCAUUACAAAAUUAUUAUGACACUGUUGUCAAAUAGUUAAUUUUGUAUUAAAGUAGUCAUUAAUAUUUAUCAUAUUGACAAGACAAACUGAUGAAAUAUAAAAUAUAUAUUUUUGCUCCAUCGGUCCGGUGAAAUUCAGCUAAUUACUGGAAAUAUGUCAUGACUGAUAAACUUUAAAAUGAGAUUUUAAACAGAUUCUGGGCGGCAGUACUUAGCACCUACUGUAAACUGAUGAGUAUCAUUUAAUGUGUAUCUCUUUCCAGAAUUACUAUUUCAGAUUGGAAUGUACCCAUAUUUAUAAAACUAAGUCCCCUUUUGAGUACAAUACAAUGUAUUUUUUGUGAAUACUGAAUGCUUUGAUUUCAUUACUGUAGAUUUAGCCGAGUACUGAAUCCCAUCUCCUCUGUUAUGACAAUGGGCAUUUGAGUAGCUUUGGUGGCCCAAUAAUUGAAUGAAAAUCACUACUACUACAUUACUACUGUCAAAUAAACACGUUGCCCAUUUGUACAAAAACAAA